GAUUUGGAGAGUGAUCGCGGAAGUAGUGUUAUUAUAUCGCCUCUUUGCGCUCAUCAGUCCUGUGUAGACGCCAAAUCAUCAGUGCCUCCUUCAACCAUUCACCGACGCUCUUCAGUAUAAUAAAACGAAAAAGCUCCCAAGAUGUCCCAGAAGAUCAAGGCGGGGUCCGUGGUGGAGAUGCAAGGAGACGAGAUGACUCGGGUCAUCUGGGAGCUCAUUAAGGAGAAGCUCAUCUUUCCAUACCUGGAGCUGGACAUGCACAGCUACGACCUGGGCAUGGAGAGCCGCGACGCCACGGACGACCGCGUGACGGUGGAGGCGGCGGAGGCGGUGCAGCGCUACAACGUGGGCAUCAAGUGCGCUACCAUCACGCCCGACGAGAACCGCGUGGAGGAGUUCAAGCUGAAGCAGAUGUGGCGCUCGCCCAACGGCACCAUCCGCAACAUCCUGGGCGGCACGGUGUUCCGGGAGGCCAUCAUCUGCAAGAACAUCCCCCGGCUGGUGCCGGGCUGGGUGAAGCCCAUCAUCAUCGGCAGGCACGCCCACGGAGAUCAGUACAAGGCCACAGACUUUGUGGUGCCAGGGCCAGGGAAAGUGGAGAUGACCUACACACCAGCGAAGGGAGAGCCGGUCAAGUACGUUGUGUACGAGUUUAAGGAAUCCGGUGGGGUGGCCCUGGGGAUGUACAACACUGACAGUUCCAUCAAGGACUUUGCACACAGCUCCUUCCAGAUGGGCAUCACCAAAGGCUGGCCGCUCUACCUGAGCACCAAGAACACCAUCCUGAAGAAAUACGACGGGCGCUUCAAAGACAUCUUCCAGGAGAUCUACGAAAAAGAGUACCGCGCCCAGUUUGAGGCCAAGGGGAUCUGGUACGAGCACCGGCUCAUCGACGACAUGGUGGCCCAGUGCAUGAAGUCCGACGGCGGCUUCAUCUGGGCCUGCAAGAACUACGACGGAGACGUGCAGUCGGACUCCGUGGCCCAAGGCUACGGCUCGCUAGGCAUGAUGACCAGCGUGUUGCUCUGUCCGGAUGGGAAGACGGUAGAAUCUGAAGCGGCCCACGGCACGGUGACCCGCCACUACAGGCAGCACCAGCAGGGCAAGGAGACCUCCACCAACCCCAUCGCCUCCAUCUUUGCGUGGACGCGGGGGCUGCUCCACAGGGCCAAGCUUGACAGCAACGUGGAGCUCCGGGUGUUCUCCGAGUCCCUGGAGGCCGUCUGCAUCGAGACCAUCGAGGCGGGCUUCAUGACCAAGGACCUCGCCAUCUGCAUCAAAGGACUCUCAGGUGUGACGCGUGCAGACUACCUCAACACCUUUGAGUUCCUGGACAAGAUUGCUGAGAACCUGAAGAUGAAGCUGGCCAACCAGCCCAAGCUGUGAGCUCCACCACUGCCAUCGUCCGUAGUAUCAGAACCCUGAUACAAUCUCCCACAAAACAUAAUGUAGACAGACACGCACACACACAAACACACAUAAUCACAACAAGCACACACGCCAAGACAGGUGUUCCCAAUAAACACAUGGUGAUAUCCACAGUGCCCCCUCUUCCGACUCAAGGUGAAGGCAUACUGCCGUGCUCGCCUGGAAGACUUUCCUGGCAGGCCAUCCUUCUCAUGAGGGAGGUGCAUGAGGAGGAGGAGGAGGAGUAGCACUGGAGCUACUGUGUCUGCCAUCCAUGCAUUCCUAUGAGCUCCAUCCAAGACCUUGAAACACAAAUGUUCCGAAAUGCAUUUGAGUGUUAGUCCGGUACCACCAGAUAGCGAGUGGGGUGUCACCCCUCCAACCCCCAACUCCGUCCCCACCAAUUUGUUUUGCCUUACCACUGUCGCGUCACCUUAUCUAGUGAAAUUUGCCUUGCAUAGCCCUACCAUUUAGUGCACUAAUGGCUUGUUCUGGUUUAUUUUAGUAACAGAAUCGUCCUAUAAGACCUUUCCAUGAGGCAAUGUCACUAACUACUUUUGCACCUUGUCAUCAUCAAUCUUCAUCAUCAUCAUCAUCAUCAUCAUCGUAGUACAUGAGUCUAUCUGAGGUUUAUGAAAUGCGCAGUACCUUGAGGGGUCUCAUGAUGAAAUCAAUUGUCCUCUUUGGCCGUCUAUAGAGCUUUAUGUACGGUAGCCAUUGACGAUAUAUCUGGUAGGAUUAGUUGCACAUGGAGUGUACUAAGAGGGAGAUUUUAACUGUUCUUUUCGUUGUACGUUACUAGUAUGUAACUCAUUUAUCUGUCUUCAUCCGUUGGACUGCUAAUCUGUCUGACUGUGUCGCCCUCACAUGGGGCUUGUUGGAUAAUAAAUAAUAAAAAAUUAAUAGGUUUUCUCUUUUUUGAUUUGCUCUUUCCUUGUAUUGACGAUCAUGAGCAGCUGGUUAAUCCAGAAAUUUAUUUUUUAUUGUAAUAAUUAAAAAAAUUGUUUA